UUACAUUUAAAUAACAUUACUUUCAAGUUUCAACUUUCUAUGAGGUCAACGUUCAAAAGCAUAUCAAUUAAACGUCUACAUUGCAAACAAAGUUUAAUUUAGUUUAUUUCGAGCCGUCCUUGGUUGACAAACAACACAAUGGCUGAUUUAAGGUUUGAUGGAAGAGUGGUUGUAGUUACAGGUGCUGGGGCUGGUUUGGGUAGGGCCUACGCUCUUCUGUUUGGGAGCCGUGGUGCAAAAGUGGUUGUAAAUGAUUUGGGAGGAGGGAGACAUGGGGAUGGCAGCUCCUCAAAAGCAGCUGACUCUGUGGUUGACGAAAUCAAAAGAAAUGGUGGAAUAGCAGUAGCUGAUUAUAAUUCUGUAGUGGAUGGAGAUAAAGUUAUUAAGACUGCUCUUGAUAAUUUUGGAAGAAUUGAUGUUUUGAUCAAUAAUGCUGGCAUUCUUCGUGAUAAAAGUUUUGUUAGGAUAUCAGAUCAAGAUUGGGAUCUGGUGCACAAUGUCCACCUCAAGGGCAGUUUUAAGGCGACGCAAGCCGCCUUCCCGGUAUUCAAGAAACAAGGCUACGGCAGGAUCGUGAUGACCUCCUCGAAUUCGGGUCUGUACGGGAACUUCGGCCAAGCCAACUACUCGGCCGCCAAGAUGGGUCUGGUCGGCCUGGCCAGCACGGUCGCAAUCGAGGGGGCCAAGAGCAACAUCCACUGCAACGUGAUCGUGCCCACCGCUGCCAGCAGACUGACCGAAGACAUUUUGCCGCCAGACUUGUAUGCCGAGUUGAAGCCCGAGUUGAUUGCUCCAGUUGUGGCUUACUUGUGCCACGAAAGCUGCGAAGAAAACGGCUCCAUCAUCGAGUCUGCUGCCGGAUGGGCCGGUAAGUGUACCAUCGUACGCGCAAAGGGUAACUUGCUGCGUUCAAAGAUAUCCGAUAUCGUGACCGUGGAGAACGUACGAGACAGCUGGGAAAAAGUGACCGACAUCACGGGGGCCGAGAGACUCGCCUCCAUACAGGAGGCCACCGGCCAACUCAUGAGCGAUCUGGAGAGGCUAAGCAACCCGACGGGUCCAGAAGGAGGGUCCGAUGGAAAUACGUUUAGUUUUACCAGCAAAGAUGCCAUUUUGUAUGCUUUAGGAGUCGGCGCCUCUACCGGAGCAACCAACGAACUAAAAUUCCUGUACGAAAACCACGAGGAUUUUCAAGUGCUGCCAACUUAUUACGUGCAACCGGCCCUCAUGGCGGUGAUGAUGUCCAGGACCACCACCGACGCCGUUCCCGGAAAAACCAUCGGUCUAGAGCAAGUUUUGCACGGGGAACAGUACAUCGAGGUGUGCGGGGAAGUACCGACCGAAGGAAAUCUUGUUUCUAAAGUUUCCGUCGAAGAAGUUCUCGAUAAAGGAUCUGGUGCUGCUAUUGUUAGCAAAAUCGAAACUUUCAACGAAUCCGGCGAUUUGGUGUUGGUAAAUCAGACCGUCACUUUUGCUGUGAAAGCCGGAAAUUUCGGUGGACCCAGAAACGGUGUAAAAAUCAUACCGACUCAACCAAAACCCAACAGGCGACCUGAUGCUUCCUUAAGUCAAAAAACAAGUGUAGAUCAGGCUGCCCUCUACAGAUUAUCUGGUGAUACUAACCCACUUCACAUUGACCCCAAUAUGGCAGGAAUUAUGGGUUAUGAUAGACCCAUACUGCAUGGUUUGUGUUCCUUAGGUUUUUCUGUAAGGCUUGUCUUGAGGCAGUUUGCAAAUAAUGAUGCUACUUUGUUUAGAGCUUGCAAGUUAAGAUUUGUAAAACCUGUUUUCCCAGGAGAAACUUUAAGAGUUGACAUGUGGAGGGAAAAUAAUAGAAUUCAUUUUGAAACUGUGGUUGCAGAAACUGGAGUAACUGUCAUUUCAGGUGCCUACGUUGAUCUAAAAUCAGUCAUGCAGCCCUUGGCAAAUAAACUGUCUGCUUCAAACUUGAAAAGUGAUGCUGUCUUCGAAUUUAUCAUUGACCAAGUAAAAGCCGACCCCAACAAGGCUAAAAGCGUUGGUGGAGUUUUUUUGUACAACAUCACUAAAGAUGGCAAACAAGCCAAGCAAUGGACCAUGGAUUUGAAAAAUGCCAAAGUGUACAAUGGAAAGCCAGAAGGAAAACCCAACACAACCCUGACAAUUUCCGAUGAAGACUUUAUGUUGUUGUCCGAGGGAAAACUGAACCCACAAACGGCUUUCAUGAAGGGAAAGCUUAAAGUAACAGGAAAUGUUAUGCUAGCCCAAAAGUUAGCCCCACUACUUAAAGCCAAUGCCAAACUGUAAAUAUUUAGUGUACUUUUCUAUCUACCAUAGGGUAUUUUAAUUUUUUUACACUUUAUUAUUAUUUAUCACAAACCUGUGUUUUAUGUCUAUCUUUUAUUCAGAUGGUGAUUUGUUAUUAUUUUUAUACACUUGUGUUAUUGUUAUCACAUGUUAUUUAAGUGUAAAAUAUGCAGUACAUUUUACAUUUUGUGCUGUACAAUAAAUUUAUUACUUUUUGUUU